AUGGCCAACACGCGCAUUGAGAUCGACCCUGAGGGUGAUACUCUCAUCAUUCUUCCAGUAAAGCCUGCUUCUACUCAAUCCGAGACCCCAGACCCUCCCAUCGAGAAGCACUACCUUUGUUCCAAGAAGCAUCUAACCCUUGCCUGUCGUCGGGCAGCAAAGCUCUUCUCAAGUCAAUUUAAAGAGGCCUCAGUCGAGUCAGACGGCCUCUAUCACUGGAAGUUCGAAGGCAUCUUUGACCCCGAAGCAUUCGAGCUCGUGUUGAAGAUCAUCCAUGGCAAAACACGCGAUGUUCCCCGCAGUGUCAAGCUGGAUCUGUUAAGCGACAUUGCUACGAUCGUUGACGAUCUCGAGUGCCAUGAGGCUGUGGCCUUUUUCAGCACAAACUGGCUCUUUGGAUGGACAGUUGAUUGGCUCCAGCCUGGACAGUUGAGGGACAAGCCAUUGGCUCAAGUGAUUCUCGCAUCCUUUGUCUUUGAGCACGCAUCCCUCUUCCAGACCUACACAAAAAUGGCUAUAAGGCACAACAUCGAUGUCGUAUCGACUUAUGAUCUGCCGAUCAGAGCAGAUGUUUCUGAUAAAAUCGAAAGCACAAGAAUCGAAAUUCUGCAGGGUCUUGUCGAUGGGCUGGAAAACCUUCAGACCAAGAUCCUUGCAGACAAGGUAGGAUGCAAUGAAGCAUGCCGAGCCACGCUGCUGGGAAGUCUGCUGCAAGGAAUGAAGAAGUCGGGAGUAUACCCCCGCCCGUCAUCGCCAUUCCCCAAGUUAUCCCUCGACGCUGUACUCGCAUCGCUAGCCAAUGUGCAGUCGCCAGCCUAUUUCGGACCACAAAGUCAAGCACCUCUCCUCAACUAUGCUGGUAGGUGGAAUCUUGAUCCUACAUCUGCGAACCUUGUGUCCGGAGGUCUUAUUGGAUAUCCAUCUGGGCUUGUUCAGGGUCAACCAAAGCCUACAACAGCUGGGACCAAUACUCCUUCUGCAUCGGCUUCUCAGCAGACUACCACCCCCGGUGGGCUCGCUCGGUCUUCCAGUGGUCUUUUUGGCAGUAGCAGUACUCCUCAGAACACCAAUACUCAGCAGUCGUUCAACUUUGGUCGGCCCUCUCCCUCUCCGGGUGGUCUCUUUGGUACACCUACUGUGUCUCAGACUGUCAAAAGCCCUCAAGUAUCUUCUCAAUCUGGAACCAAAGGUUUAUCUGCUUCUAAUGCUGGGACCACUUCCUCCACGACAGAGAACCCAGAGCAACCUGGAACUAUCGUUAGGCAUAAUUGCCGCCUAAAGGAUCUUAUUGAACCCUUGCUAGUAGCAGCUGAGAAGGAGAUCACAGGUCUGAAACUCGCAGACUUCCCUCGGCCGUAG